AUGAAGGCAACAAGUCUCUCUCUAAUCCUGUGCCUUGUUUUUGUAGCCUUAGCCACACUUGCUCAGGGCCAGAUUGUGGAUGAUUUAAAUAACGACUUUGCAUUGCCUAUACUGAAGAGGGCUGAAAAUGAUGCCCCUAAGAAUGGAACGGAGAACCAGGUGAAAUCUACUGCCAAUGCACAGACCCCUCCUCCUAAAAGUCAAGGUCAAGGAAACAGUACAGCGCCAGCACCCCAGACGUCGGCCCCUGCCCCCAAUUCGCCGCCUGCCAACGCUACCUCCAAUGCUCCUACUCCUACAGCCGACAAUGAGAUUGAGCAAACCGGUGCAGCUGCGGCGGGUGCUACAGCGACAAUUACGGCCGAUACGGUGAAUGGCGUUUGCACUAUGAGCAAUGACUUAGAUGCUAGUCAGCAGGCCAGCUGGACUGAUGCAGUAAUUACCACUUGCUGUGCUGGCGAUCAAGCGUCAGCCUGCUGGUUCCGUAUUCAGGAUGGCGUCAAGCCUGAAGAUGCGUGCAAAAUUCCUACAUGUGGUGAUCUUAACUCCAAUGAUCCGGACCGCAUGAUCGGUUUCCGACCACUCUCUGGCUCUAUUGGCAGCGGCAAAUACCAAAACAUCUUCCCUUUCCUUUUCUUGAAUGGUUCAUCACGACCAGUGAUCUCUGCUCUGCUCUUUAUCGUGGCGCCAUUUUGUGUCUCUUUCAUGCUCUUGCUAUGA